UAUUCGAAUAUAUUUUUGAAACAGAUAAGGUAAACGAGUUAAAUUGCUUUAAAUAAAUUGAAGGUAUGAAAACCUAUUUUCCGGCAUUAUUACUUUAGAAUUCAUCAAGAUGUAUAGAGGAUUAAAUAUCGUAUUUUUAUUGGCUAUAUUACAUACUUUACGAGAUGCAUCAAGCAGUUUAAAUAAUGAUGGUAAAAUUGCUGGUGGUUACGUUACCAAUAUCAGAUACUUGCCCCAUGAAGUAUUCAUUCUUAGUGAGAAUGACGAUAGUACCUUUCAAUGUGGAGGUUCAAUACUUAAUGAAGAAUUUAUCUUAACAACCGCCCAGUGUGUAGUGGGAUAUGAUGUGGUUAAAAUGAGAGCUGGAGUAACAGAUCUUAGACAAUCGCAAGAAGAAAAACCAUUUGUUACAGCUAAUUCAACUAUACCAAAUCCCAACUAUAAUGAAACUACACAUGACUUCAAUGUAGCCAUUAUUCAAUUAGAUGAAAAAUUGAGUCUUGAUGGUAAAACCACGAAAGCCAUAACUUUAGUGGACAGUGGUACUGAUAUUUCCGAUGGUACUGAAAUAACAAUAUCUGGAUGGGGGGCUACAUCUGAAAAUGGAAAUUAUAGUGAAGAAAUAAGAAUAGUUCAAGUAAAGGUGGUAUCACAAACGGAAUGUAAAAAGACAUAUUCUUCUCUUACAGAAAAUAUGUUUUGCGCUGGUGAUUCAGACGAUGUCAAAGGUUUUUGUGAGGGUGACUACGGGAGUCCAGCAAUUAUUUAUAGUUCAAAGAUACAAGUUGGUAUCGCUUCCCAUACAAUGAGUUGCGGCCGCCAAGGUGAACCCGGUGUAUAUGUGGAUUUAUCAAAGGAGGCUGUAAGGAAAUGGAUUACUGAUGUAACUGGUAUUUAAAAAUAUGAAGAACUACUAGAUUCUCGUUUCAUAUUGCUGGUUUUAUUAAUAAUUACUUGAAUGUUUGGUUUUGGAUUUUAAAUAAAUAUAAUAUGCCAUUGGAAA